CAAACAAACAAUCAACCGAUCUUCCGAUCAACCACUUCAUCCAUCAAAAUGCAGUUCAUCGUUCUUACCAUUGCUGCCAUGACCGCUGUUGCCUCUGCCGCCUCCGGCUUUGAGAAGCGCUCCUGCGUUGCCAACUACGAUGUUGCCUGCACCUCGGGCGGUGACCCCUGCUGCGAUGGCUGGCAAUGUGUCGGCGCCACUGAGUGGAACGCCGGUGUUUGCAUUCCCAACUACUAAGGCAUGCAACUUUCUCUUGUGAAGCUGGAAUGAUUUUUUCUUUUGUUUUGGAAUUG